AUAUGAAAAAAAACCAACGCGCUUCGCUUCUCUUUUGGAAUUUAUGUUACUGUAACAAGGCUCGCUUUUGUGUUUCACUUCGGAAAAGUUAAAAUUUUUCGGUACAAUCAUGUCAACAAUGCGCUAAUAACGUUUCUAUUGCAAUAAUACAGCGAUUAUGAGGUAUUUUCUGUUGGACUAUAUUCGUUUUAGGGAUCAAUAUCGCUCUCGCCUUGUUAUGUGUCCCUAGCGUCACUUCUGCAAAUGGAGACGAAGUCUGGCGUCGGCAUACAGGAUCAUUGGAUGAAGAGUGUUAUGGAGCCGGCCAGCGGUGACAAACAGAUGCAAAACGACAAUAGAUGUGUUAAGCGGGAAAAAAUGGCAGAGCAGUACAACGGCAGUGAUAAUAAUGUGACUUAUGAGCUGAAACAACAACAACAAAGCGACACAAGGUACAGGUGCGACGUGUGCGACCUCACCUUCGACGGCAUGGAGUACUUGAUACUGCACAAAAAGUUUCACGGCAACGACAAAGACACCCAGCCGAUGGAACCUGAGGCACCUCCUGCCAAGGAGGGCCCUAAGAAAAGACGGAAAUUUAAAUGCGAUCUUUGCGAUGUGAAAGUGAACUCGCAGUACCAUCUGGACAUUCACCGCAGCAAGCAUGAUGGCAUUGAGUCCAAGAAGUACAUGUGCGAAGUUUGCGACCGCAGCUUCGUUGCGGCCCAGUUCCUCAAGAGCCACAUGCAGACACACUCCUCGACCAGCACCAUCAACUGCGAGAUCUGCAACAAAAGCUUCACUGGCCAGGCGUACCUCAAGCUUCACAUGCAGCUUCACAAUGAUGUCAAGAAAUUCAAAUGUUCCAAGUGUGAUCAAAUGUUGCCAACUAAGAACUGUCUAAAGAUACACAUGAAGAAACAUACUAAAGUGAAAAAUUUCAAAUGUGACUUCUGUCAAAAGUUGUUUGUUUCCAAAAUAACAAUGGAGAAGCACAGACAGAGCCAUGAGGGUCAGCCACUGGACUGCCUGGUGAAGUGCAGCCACUGCGACAGGAGCAUGCAUUCGUCGCUGCUGCGCACGCACCUGACGCGCGCGCACCCGCCCGCCGCAGACGACGACGUGAAGCGGCCGCACAAGUGCACCACCUGCGGCAAGAGCUUCAUUGUUAAGAUAAACCUGAAUCUCCAUAUCCGAUUGUGCCACCCCGACCUCGCGGAGCCCGAGGAUGAAGAUGACGAUGUCAUGACGGACAAUUCUUAGUUUUAAGUAUACCAUAAUGUAUUAUCACAAGAUAAUUAUACUUUUUUAUGCUAUCAAA